CGGAAAUCGUCGUGACGAGUACGUCUGUGACUCGGAUCGCUGUAGAUUCUAUAUUGUCGCUGUAAAUUGUUCGUAGCUGUACAGUGUUAUUUCGAUAAGAUACAUUUAAUGCUAAAAGAACAAGUACUAGAAUAUCUAUUGACUGCCUAUGUUUACCUUAGUGAAAUAACGUGUUGGAGCUAACUAGCCGAGUUAGCUCUUAUCUUACUUUAGCUAUCCAGUUUGUGUUGACAGCGCUGUUCUGGCCCUGGCUGGGAUUAGCCGGGGACCAGGGAAAUCAAAUUGCUAACGUUUUUGGAAUAUCUGAACAUAAACGCUGAGACAUUUUAAGAAUAAAAGUGUGACAUAUCAGUAAGGGAAUCAUGGCUGUUGUCAUCGAUAGUGCGCUGAAGAAAACAUUAAAGCAAUACAAGUACAGGGACUUGACUGUCCGGGAAAUAACCAAUGUUAUCUCACAGUACAAGGACCUGAAGCCUGUGAUGGAUGCCUAUGUGUUCAACGAUGGCUCCUCCAGAGAUCUGAUGAGUCUAACUGGAACAGUCCCUGUCAGCUACAGAGGUAAUGUGUACAACAUCCCUGUGUGCCUGUGGCUGUUGGACACCUAUCCAUUCAAUCCUCCCAUCUGCUUUGUGAAGCCCACCAGUUCCAUGAUGAUCAAGACAGGCAAACACAUUGAUGCCAACGGCAAGAUCUACCUGCCCUACCUGCAUGAGUGGAAACACCCCCAGUCAGACCUGUACGGGCUGAUCCAGGUGAUGAUCGUGGUGUUUGGUGAGGAGCCCCCAGUGUUCUCGCGGCCCACCACCCAGCCCCCAUACCAGGCCUUCCAGGCCACAGGCCCCCCUAACCGUGAGGCCCUAUGGAACAUGCAGUGCCGUUCUGUGCCUGCAGAUGGCGCCCUCAGUAUGUACCCUGGUAUGUCUAUAACGCCUCUCUCUCCUUCAGAGUCCUACCUGCCAGCGGGGUCUCCUUAUGGGCCAAACCCUAACCCAGGUGGGUAUCCUGCAUACUCGUAUCCUGGUGGACCCUCCUAUCCCUCUACAGCUGGCCCAGGCCACUAUGGCUCUCAGACUCCUGGACCGGCUGUGGGGCCAAACCGUGACGGCACAAUCGGCGAGGACACCAUCCGGGCAUCGCUGGUGUCGGCGGUGAGCGAUAAGCUGCGCUGGAGGAUGAAGGAGGAGAUGGACCGUGCCCAGGCCGAGCUGGACGCUCUCAAGAGGACCGAGGAGGACCUGAAGAAGGGACACCAGAAGCUGGAGGAGAUGGUGUCACGCCUGGAUCAGGAAGUGGCUGAAGUGGACAGGAACAUAGAUCUCUUGAAGAGGAAGGACGAGGAGCUGAGCGACGCUUUGGAGAAAAUGGAGAACCAAUCGGAGAACAACGACAUAGACGACGUCAUCAUUCCCACGGCACCCCUCUACAAGCAGAUCCUGAACCUUUACGCUGAGGAGAACGCCAUCGAAGAUACCAUCUUCUACCUGGGCGAGGCAUUGCGGCGCGGAGUCAUCGACCUGGAGGUUUUCCUGAAGCACGUGCGCCUGCUGUCCCGCAAGCAGUUCCAGUUGCGUGCCCUGAUGCAGAAAGCCCGCAAGACCGCAGGCCUGAGUGACCUCUACUGACCCUGCCAUGCCGUCUGUGUCCCUUCUCUGGUCUGGUCUCUUUUUUGGGGGGAGGGGGUGCUCACUGGCACUGUCUCUCUCUCUGUAGCUGUGGUCUGACCUUACCUCCUCUUCUUUUUCUCUCUCCCACUCAUGUGACUAGCCAUGUGGGUCUCUGUACAUCUGGACACACUGGCUAAACAAAAAAAAAAUGAGAUGUUGUGGAUUCCUUUUUUUGACGAGACACUGGACAACUUAAAAAGGAGAAUGACUUUCGUGUUUGCUCUUCAGCGAUUCAGAGCUUUGUAAUGCUAUUGGUUUCUCUUUGAACAUAACUGAAAAUUAGAUGGGUGUUUUCCAAAGCUAGUGACAGAUUGCAUUAUUCACAUUUGCUUGGUGGUCCUAAUCAGCCAAAUAGCUUUAUUAGCUUUGUAUGAUUUAAAAAAUGAUGUAAUAUUGAGACAUUGUGGUUUGAACAAAGGUGUAAAACCACUCCGUACACUCCAGAAGCAAGCUUAGACUUCCAGGACAAACCGGAAGACUACAGGCUGCUAAGGGAUCCUGCAUUAGUACCUAGAUCUCUAGGUCCCAGAUUUAUCAGGACGCAAGGUGUCCUGUGGAUGCUUCACUGGUGUACAUUUCAAUGCAGAUGGCUUUAGCUCAGGUUUCAAAAUCCUAAGGCUAUUUAAUGUACUCCCCUGCAGCGUACCGUGUACCCAUAAUCCCCCCACCUGCUCGUCACAACCCAAAUUGUCUUUGAAAGAGUUAGUGACUUUUAUACUGCAUCAGUUAACUUAAAAUAUAAAAAGAUUAACACCAGGUACACAAUUGUUAGUUUAUAUAUUUAUAUGGCAGGAUAGGUUUUUUUUUUUUUUCUCUUCAUGCACUUUGAGUUAAGUUGUAGGUCAUUUGUUUGUGUGAUUUUGUUUCCGAGAGGAUGUCUUCAGUUGUUCAAUUAUUGUUUUGGAACAUCUGCAGUAAUAAAUAUCAGUGACACAAUGAA